CACACCGCCAGCCCCUCGGGGUGUGGUUUCCCCAGACCUGCCCCCAUCGGUGGGACCCAGCCUUCUCCAGCCUCUCCUGCCUGUCUCCUGCAAGGUUCAGCAGCCCCCACCUCCCUGGAGACACACCCAACUCCCUUUCAACACCCCCACUGUUCUCUCCAACCCAUUUUUGGGGAAAUCCUUGUGCCCAACUUCAGUCCGGUUGAAUCCCAGCACCUUAGGGUUCCCCAGGCCCCUCUUCUCUUCUCCCAGAACUCUUCAGAGUGUGGACCAGGCUUCCUCUGCCCCUUUAGAUAUCCCCCUCACCCAGAUAUCUACAGUCCUCUUACAAAAUAAUCCAGUCCCAUAACUACCUCUUUAGCUACCCCAUUCCAUUUCCAGCCCCACUAGGGGGCCCUCACUUCUUCUGCUUUCCCUAGAACUCCUGUAAUAUGUAGACAACACCCCCAGGCUAUUCUUGGCAGCUCUAGGCACUCCCAAGACACUUUUCAGCCUCUUUACAACCUCCUGGCUCUACAGCCACCCUUGAGAAGCACCAGCCCCUUUUCAGAUCCAUGAGGGUGCUUCAACCCCCUUAUCUUUACCCUAGAAGUCUUGAGGGUGUGGAUGACCCUCCUCACCUUUCUCAGCCCCUCUAGAACCAGCCCCCAGGCACACUCAGCCUCUUUCAAGCACCUCUGAUCCCAUUUGUACCCCCCUCUGGAUGCCCCAAUUUCCUCUCCAAACUGGCUAAUGGGUUCCAGACCUAUUUUUCCUUCCCUGAGAACUCUUGAGAGUGUUGAGAGCUCCCCACUUGUUUCUCCGUCCCUCUAGACACCCCCAAACAUCUCUCAGGCACAUGCUGACCCCACUAGAAUCAUCUCUCUCUAAAGAUCCUGGGGAUCCUUCUUGUCCUCUCUGAUCUCCUUAAGCCCUUAUUAGUCCCUCAGGACACCAUAAGGGCCCCUCCUAGACCCUCUAAAUGCCCCCUAAGCUCCUGCCCAUCUCUCUAGUUCCUCCUCCUCGUUCCUCUUGGCCUCUCUAGACACCCCCAGUUUCCUUGUCCGGGUGGCCCAGGGCCUCUCCAAGCCCCCACCAUCCUGGAGACAGCCACAUUCUCCUAAACGCCACCCCCCCCCAAGUCUCCGUGGGCCUGUGGAGCCGCAGGAUGGCUGCAGGCGUGGCCACGUGGUUGCCCUUUGCACGGGCGGCCGCUGUGGGCUGGCUGCCCCUUGCCCAGCAGCCCCUGCCCCCAGCGCCAGGGGUGAAGGCAUCUCGAGGGGAUGAGGUUCUGGUGGUGAACGUCAGCGGCCGGCGCUUCGAGACCUGGAAGAACACACUGGAUCGCUACCCAGACACAUUGCUGGGCAGUUCUGAGAAGGAGUUCUUCUAUGACGCGGACUCUGGCGAGUAUUUCUUUGAUCGCGAUCCGGAUAUGUUCCGGCAUGUGCUGAACUUCUACCGAACUGGCCGGCUACACUGCCCACGCCAGGAAUGCAUCCAGGCCUUCGACGAAGAGCUGGCCUUCUAUGGCCUGGUCCCCGAGCUUGUGGGCGACUGCUGCCUUGAAGAGUACCGGGACCGCAAAAAGGAGAAUGCUGAGCGCCUGGCUGAGGACGAGGAGGCUGAGCAGGCCGGGGAUGGGCCUGCCCUGCCAGCGGGCAGCUCCCUGCGGCAACGGCUCUGGAGGGCCUUCGAGAACCCACACACUAGCACUGCAGCGCUGGUUUUCUACUAUGUGACUGGCUUUUUCAUCGCAGUGUCGGUCAUCGCCAAUGUGGUGGAGACCAUCCCGUGCCGCGGCCCUGCACGGCGGCCACCAAGGGAGCAGCCCUGUGGUGACCGAUUUCCGACAGCCUUUUUCUGCAUGGACACGGCCUGUGUACUCAUAUUCACGGGAGAAUACCUCCUGAGGCUUUUUGCUGCCCCUAGCCGUUGCCGCUUCCUGCGGAGUGUCAUGAGCCUCAUCGAUGUGGUGGCCAUUCUGCCCUAUUACAUUGGGCUUUUUGUGCCCAAGAACGAUGAUGUCUCGGGUGCAUUUGUCACCCUGCGUGUGUUCCGUGUUUUCCGCAUUUUCAAGUUCUCCAGGCACUCCCAGGGUUUGCGGAUUCUGGGCUAUACACUCAAGAGCUGUGCCUCUGAGCUGGGCUUUCUCCUCUUUUCCCUCACCAUGGCCAUCAUCAUCUUUGCCACUGUCAUGUUCUAUGCUGAGAAGGGCACCAGCAAGACCAACUUUACCAGCAUCCCUGCGGCCUUCUGGUAUACCAUUGUCACCAUGACCACACUUGGCUAUGGAGAUAUGGUGCCCAGCACCAUUGCUGGCAAGAUUUUUGGGUCCAUCUGCUCACUCAGUGGUGUCUUGGUCAUUGCCCUGCCUGUGCCAGUAAUUGUGUCCAACUUUAGCCGCAUCUACCACCAGAACCAACGUGCUGACAAGCGCCGAGCGCAGCAGAAGGUGCGCUUGGCAAGGAUCCGGUUGGCAAAGAGUGGAACCACCAACGCCUUCCUGCAGUACAAGCAGAACGGGGGACUUGAGGACAGCGGCAGUGGGGAGGGACAGGCGCUGUGUAUCAGGAACCGUUCUGCUUUUGAGCAGCAACAUCACCAUUUGCUACACUGUCUAGAGAAGACAACGUGCCAUGAGUUCACAGAUGAACUGACAUUUAGUGAGGCUCUGGGAGCAGUCUCGUUGGGUGGCCGCACCAGCCGUAGCACCUCUGUGUCCUCCCAACCAGUGGGGCCUGGCAGCCUGCUAUCAUCUUGUUGCCCACGCAGGGCCAAGCGCCGUGCCAUCCGCCUUGCCAACUCCACUGCCUCAGUUAGUCGCGGCAGCAUGCAGGAGCUGGAUACGCUGGCAGGGCUGCGGAGGAGCCCUGCCUCUCAGAGCCGCUCAAGCCUCAAUGCCAAGCCCCAUGACAGCCUUGACCUGAACUGUGACAGCCGGGACUUUGUGGCCGCCAUUAUCAGUAUCCCCACCCCUCCUGCCAAUACACCAGAUGAGAGCCAACCUUCCUCCCCUGGUGGUGGUGGCGGCAGGGCCAGCAGUACCCUCAGGAACUCCAGCGUGGAUACCCCCUGCCUCCUCCCUGAGACUGUCAAGAUUUCUUCCCUGUGAAGUAUGGGCCUGCUCAUUCAGAGGGCCCUAUUUUUUCUUGGGGGAGUCCUUUCCAAAGCCAUAUUUUGGGGAGGCAGAGAGGGACAGGCCUGGGGACCC